GACUGCACGAGCGCUCAGACAACGCUGUAACACUGCAGGUAUCGGAGAGUGACGAAAAUUCCUGAGAGGGGUUAUUGACUUGUCCAUAGCAAGGCUCGAGAUAAGUGACCGGCCAAGGGAAGGAAGCCUCAGUGUGGUCGGCAAUGAGUUUACCAGAGGGAAUGCUGUUCCGUCCACUGGACGAGUUUGGGAUCCCACAGAACUUGUUUGGUAUGCUUUUCACAUUCAUGGUGGUCUUAAUCCUGACCAGGUUGUUACAAGCCCACUUCCUCAACAAGGACAAGCCUGUAGGUAACCUACCCCCAGGUCCCCAGGGCUACCCUAUCGUCGGAGAUUUACCAUUCUUCAGUAAGUACGGUUCGCUGGAGGGUUUCCGCAUGCUGAGGAGACAGUAUGGGGAUAUAUACAGUAUCAGUAUGGGCAUGUGGCCGACAGUUGUCAUCAGUGGCAAGGACGCCUUCAAAGCUGCCCUCUCUAUGGAAGAGUUUUCGGACAGGCCCUUAUUUUUCAUUAACAGACUCAUAGGGGGUCCAGUCAAGGGUCUUGUAUUUGGUAAAUAUAACUCGCGUUGGGUCUUGCACCGUAAAAUUGCAGGAAACGCUUUGAAGAUGUUUACUGGGACUCGGAACAACCCUAUAACUGAGAUGGUGCAAGAACAGGCCGAGGACCUCGUCAAGGAGCUCUUAGACCACAACGGAGAAGCGUUUGACCCGUGUGAAAGUAUACUAUUUUCAGUUGGCAGUGUCAUAUACCAGGUUGUGUACGGAAGAGGGAGAAAGGCACAUGAGGAUAAACAACUUUCUUAUCUCAUCCGGAAUUUUAGCGAUUUCAAAAAUUUCACAAGAGUCGGAAAUCCUUUCGAUGUGAUGCCCUUCAUGGCAUUCCUAACACCUUGGAAAUAUAAAGGUAUACUAAGCAUUCUGUUCCGAAUGGGGAGGCUAGCUGCUAAAAAGAUCAGAUACCACAAGAAGAACUACGACUCUGACCAUCUCCGAGAUGCGACGGACGGUCUUCUGCGUGCGACUGAAAGUUACUCACCCGAGGAAAAACUGAGGGUGGGUCUCACCAACAAGAUGAUUAUGGAAACGGUGCAUGACUAUAUCGGAGCUGGAUUUGACACCGUGGCCUCAACAUUGACAUGGGCCUUUAUGUACCUCGCUGAAAACCCAACAGUACAAUCAAAAGCUCGUGCCGAACUGGACAAUGUACUCGGAAGCCGAACUGUGACGCUGCAUGACCGCGCCAAACUGCCAUACGUAGAAGCGGUAAUGUUGGAGGUGCUCCGAACCGCAGCAACAUUGCCAAUGGCCGUCCCACACGGGACGACACGUGACAUCAUGUUCAGGGAUUAUCUCAUACCAAAGAACACAGUAGUAUUCUUUGACCUAUAUGGCACCUCCUUCGACCCAGAUCUCUGGGAAAACCCCGACGAUUUUAAUCCUGAAAGAUUUCUCACUAAGGAUGGCACAUUAGAUCAAGCUAAGGUUGACCUUACCGUUUCAUUCGGGUUCGGUAAGCGGAGAUGCUUGGGAGAAGGCCUGGCCCGUUUAGAGGUCUUUCUCUUCCUAGUCAAUGUUCUUCAGAGGUGCGAACUGCACAAACCAGAAGGCCUCUCAUACGACAAGGUUGGACUGUAUUCCUUCGUUCGCUCGCCGAAUCCCUACAAGUUGAUAGCGAGGCCCACAGAAUGACGACAGAGGGCGCUAUCAUGAAAGAUUGAGUUUAAUAUGUGACAAAAUGACAAAAACUACCCCGAACUUCGUAACUGUUUGGCAACUUUUUUUGUUUCUGAACAAAUAUUAAUGACUUUCAUGUAGAUAGCUGUUAUCAUGUUAACUUCACCAUAGAAACGAAUUAAGAUAUCAAACAAUAUGCUGCUCAUACUGUCAUCGACAACGUUGUUGCUGAAGAUGAAAUUUAAGAUUUUUUUCAGCUAUGAAAUUCUAUACAAGAGAUACUCAACAUGAAGUUGGUGAGUUAUUUAUUUACACCUAUUAUGUAAUGGUUAAAUAUAUCAAUCCAAUCGACACAGCCUGAUUGAAGUUUAGAAAGGUCAAAUAUGAUUUACCCCACUAUAAAGGAACAACUAAAUGGUAUUUAAAAACUGGUAAUUUUGUCAUUUUAACAAUAAAUUCGUGAUAUAAUCCAUUAUGUAUAUAUUGGUUUUGUAUAAAAUUAUAUAAAUAUUGUACCGUAAGUAAUAAUGUAUGUAUGUAUGACACUUACAUAGGUAUACAAGGUAUUAACUGGUGGAUUUCUCAACUUACACUCGGUAUUAUAGUAGGGAAUCGGGUCCAUUCAUCCGAUCAGGAAUUUUACCAAAUUAAUCCUAAAUGGCUUUUUAAAGGAAGGUCGAAUACACACGUGAUGAUUACCUCCACUUUUGCAACGUACAUACAUAUUUACAUAAAUAUUUAAAUUACAUUGACGCAAGUAUUCUUACCCUUUGAAAUGUAUUUUCAAUUAGGUUAACAAAAUCAUAUAAAACACAUUAAUCGAGUACCCAAGUUUAACACGUCAAGAUAAGCUGCCCUCGACAUAGUCGAGAUCUUUAAUAGCCCCCUGGAUUAUGGUUGUAAUUAUCAAGUGCCCCCAAGUCUAUGUAUAUGUAAUACAUUUCUAUGUGGCUGUGCUAGUGGGCUUGAAUUCACUACGCGGAAAUGUCACUAAUUCAAAACUAAUAGAAAAUAAAUAUGUUCAUUUCAA